AAUUUUAGAGAGGCCUGUUCAAGAAGGAACACUUCCAUUCUGCUGUGAAACCCCUAGACAAGACAUUGGAGGGCCCAAUGGCUGCAAAAUCCCUACACGAUGCUUCCAAAACCAAGAGUCCAGACCGCAUCGCCAACAGCAGGGCUGCGACUCAAGGACAGUGGGGCCGUGCCUGGGAGGUGGACUGGUUUUCGCUGGCGAGCGUCAUCGCUCUGCUGUUCUUCGCGCCCUUCAUUGUGUACUACUUCAUCAUGGCGUGUGACCAGUAUAGCUGCUCUCUGACGGCCCCCGUGCUGGACGUCGCCACUGGGCGUGCUCGGCUCUCAGACAUCUGGGCCAAGACUCCAUCCGUGACGAAGAAAGCAGCGCAGCUCUACACCCUGUGGGUCACGUUCCAGGUGCUUUUGUACAUGGCGCUUCCUGACUUCUGCCAUAAGUUCCUGCCGGGCUACGUGGGAGGCGUUCAAGAGGGCGCCGUGACCCCCGCAGGGGUUGUCAACAAGUAUGAAAUCAACGGCCUGCAAGCGUGGCUCAUCACGCACCUUCUCUGGUUUGCAAACUCUCACUUCCUGUCCUGGUUCUCUCCCACCAUCAUCUUCGACAACUGGAUACCACUGCUGUGGUGCGCCAACAUCCUCGGCUAUGCUGUUUCCACCUUUGCCAUGAUCAAGGGCUACUUCUUCCCCACCAAUGCCAAAGACUGCAAAUUCACAGGCAAUUUCUUUUACAACUACAUGAUGGGCAUUGAGUUUAAUCCCCGAAUUGGGAAGUGGUUUGACUUCAAGCUGUUCUUCAACGGACGCCCCGGGAUCGUCGCCUGGACCCUCAUCAACCUGUCCUUUGCGGCCAAGCAACAGGAGCUCUACGGCCAGGUGACCAACGCCAUGGUCCUGGUCAACAUCCUGCAGGCCAUCUACGUGCUGGACUUCUUCUGGAACGAAGCCUGGUACCUGAAAACCAUUGACAUCUGCCACGACCACUUUGGGUGGUACUUGGGCUGGGGGGACUGCGUCUGGCUGCCAUACCUGUACACCCUGCAGGGCCUGUACCUGGUCUACCACCCGGUGCAGCUGUCCACCCCCCAUGCCGUGGGCGUCCUGCUGCUUGGCCUGCUAGGCUACUACAUUUUCCGGAUGGCCAACCAUCAGAAGGACCUGUUCCGCCGCACAGACGGCCGCUGCCUGAUCUGGGGCAGGAAGCCCAAGGUCAUCGAGUGCACGUACACGUCGGCCGACGGGCAGAAGCACCACAGCAAGCUCCUGGUGUCGGGCUUCUGGGGCGUGGCCCGCCACCUCAACUACACGGGCGACCUGAUGGGCAGCCUGGCGUACUGCCUGGCCUGUGGCGGGGGCCACCUGCUGCCCUAUUUCUACCUCGUCUACAUGGCCAUCCUGCUGACCCACCGCUGUGUCCGGGAUGAGCACCGCUGUGCCAACAAGUACGGCAGCAACUGGGAGCGCUACACCGCGGCCGUACCCCACCGCCUGCUGCCCGGGAUCUUCUGAAGCCCCCCGCCCCCGGGAGAAGCACCCAGGGUCCGGGAAGAG